CAUGACGCAGCCCAUCAUGGCGGCCGGAGCGCGGCUGCCCGGGCCCGCGGUUCCGCAGGGCUGCUGCCGUUGCUGCUGUUGAGAAGCGGCGGCGGCGGCGCAGGCAGGCGGGAGGGAGGGAAGGAUGGUGCUUCUGUGGCCGGAGCGGCGGGUGCGGACCAGGAGCCGGGCUGAGGUUUGGUCAAAGCGACGUGUGACCAGGAGCAGCCGGCGCGAGUGCCGCUGAAGCAGCGUAGGGAGGCGGCAGCGACUGACGGACGGACGGACCGAGGGCGCCCCGAGAGCCGGCUCCCGGGUCGUGCCGUGGGCGAGAUGCCGGGGCCACCCGCGUUGCUGCUGCUGCUGCUCUUGGCCGCUGGCAGUACCGGGGCCGCGCCACUUCCGCAAACAGGUGCAGGAGACUCAACUGCUGCAGAACUGUCCUCAUCUUUCGUGAUCCUAUCUGUGUGCAGUUUAAUAAUAUUAAUCGUGUUAAUUGCAAACUGUGUAUCUUGCUGUAAGGACCCAGAAAUAGAUUUUAAGGAAUUUGAAGAUAAUUUUGACGAUGAGAUCGAUUUCACGCCCCCAGCAGAAGACACUCCCUCUGUUCAGUCCCCAGCAGAAGUCUUCACGCUCUCAGUACCAAACAUUUCACUGCCGGCUCCGUCACAGUUCCAGCCUUCUGUGGAAGGUUUGAAGUCUCAAGUUGCCCGCCACAGUCUAAACUAUAUACAGGAGAUUGGAAAUGGCUGGUUUGGAAAGGUCCUCCUUGGAGAGAUUUACACAGGCACCAGUGUCGCCAGAGUCAUCGUGAAGGAGUUAAAAGCAAGUGCAAGCCCAAAGGAACAAGAUACUUUUUUGAAAAAUGGAGAACCUUACUAUAUUCUUCAGCAUCCAAAUAUUCUUCAGUGCGUCGGACAGUGUGUAGAAGCGAUUCCCUACCUUCUGGUGUUUGAGUUCUGUGACCUGGGCGACCUGAAGGCUUACCUGCGCAGCGAGCAGGAGCAUCUGAGGGGGGACGCGCAGACCAUGCUGCUGCAGAGGAUGGCGUGCGAGAUCGCGGCGGGGCUGGCCGCCAUGCACAAGCUGCACUUCCUGCACAGCGACCUGGCCCUGCGGAAUUGUUUCCUCACCUCGGACUUAAACGUGAAGGUGGGAGACUAUGGAAUCGGAUUCAGCAGGUACAAGGAGGAUUAUAUUGAAACAGAUGAUAAAAAAGUUUUUCCUCUGCGAUGGACUGCUCCAGAAUUAGUAACCAGCUUUCAAGACAGGCUACUAACUGCAGAUCAAACUAAGUACAGUAACAUUUGGUCCCUGGGGGUGACACUUUGGGAACUUUUUGAUAAUGCUGCUCAGCCGUACUCCAACCUUUCCAACUUAGAUGUUCUCAAUCAGGUCGUUCGAGAGAGGGGCACGAAACUCCCCAAGCCCCAGCUGGAGCAGCCAUAUGCCGAUAGAUGGUAUGAAGUCUUACAGUUCUGCUGGCUGUCACCAGACAAGAGACCGGCGGCCGAAGACGUGCACAGACUGCUCACCUACCUGCGGAUGCAGAGCCAGAGGGACUCGGAGGUGGACUUCGAACAGCAGUGGAACGCGCUCAAACCAAACACGCACAGCAGAGAGGCAUCCAGCAGCGCCGCGUUCCCGAUCCUCGACCAUUUCCCCAGGGACCGGCUGGGUCGGGAAAUGGAGGAGGUCCUCACCGUGACCGAGACCAGCCAGGGCCUGAGCUUCGAGUACGUCUGGGAGGCCGCAAAGCACGAUCACUUCGACGAGCGCGGCCGGGCCCCCCCGGACGAGGCCUUGUCCUACACGAGCAUCUUCUUUCCAGUGGAAGUGUUUGAGAGUACGCUUUCUGACCCCGGGCCCGGGAAGCAAGACGACAGUGGCCAGGAUGUCCCCGUGAGGGUCCCCGGAGUGGUUCCCGUGUUCGAUGCCCACAACCUUUCCGUUGGAAGCGACUAUUACAUCCAGUUAGAAGAAAAAAGUGGUAGCAACUUGGAGCUCGAUUACCCACCCGCGCUGCUGACGACCGAAAUGGAGAAUCCAGAAAGGACAAGUGACGAGGCGCCUCAGUUUCUGACACUCAGGAAUCUUGAAUUUGAGGAGUCCAGUACAGACGAGGAUUUCUUCCAAAGCAGUGCAGACCCCAAAGACCCCAGCAUGCCUGAGGACGUGCACGUUGCCAGGAGCCCCGACAGCCCUUUCAACAGUAUAUUCAGUGACCUUGACAAGGCGGAGGAUCUGCCCAGUCACCAAAAAAUAUUUGACAUCUUGGAACUGAACGGCGUUCAAGCCGACUUGAAGCCAGCCACUUUAAGUUCGAGCCUGGAUGACCCCAAAGAGUCAGGAAUGACAUGCCACUUUGACAAAGAAAAGCCCCGUAAGCUUUUUGACUGUGAGCCUCUUUGCUUAUCAGAAAACCUUAUGCACCAAGAUAAUCUUGAUCCAGUGAGUGUUCAAGAAUUAUCAGAAAACUUUUUAUUUCUUCAAGAGAAAAACUUACUAAAAGACUCAUUGUCUAGCAGAGAGCAUAUAAAUGAUCUUCAAACAGAACUUAAAAAUGCUGGUUUUACUGAAACUGUAUUAGAAACUCCACGUAGAAACGUUUUAGAUACUGAGCUUAAGUUUGCUGAAAAUAAACCAGGCUUUUCUUUGUUGCAGGAAAACAUAAGCGCGAAGGGUAAAGACACAGGUGUUGUACUCGAGGACCACACUUUGAGCACCUCGUUGCCACCUUCCCCGGAAGUGCAGGCGCCUCCUACCUCUCUCGAAACAGAAGAAACGCACCAUAAUGUACCUCCAGCUACGCCUCCGAAGCAGGGAAACGCCGUGGCCACGUGUCUGGACGUCAGCAUCCACGGUGACUGUCUCCGCCCAGAAUCAAAUCGAGAUGCUCUGACCAUCCCAGCUGAAGUUCCCUCGACUGAUGCCAAGACACCCGGCAUUGGCCACGCGUCCCAUGACUUGACGCACCGAAGCGAGGAGGCCUCGAGACUAACCCAGAGUGACUCGGCUCUUGUUGAGGACGUUUUUGCCAGUAAAGCGAGUAGAGAGAGUAGCCUUCCAGAAUCGAGACAGAACUUACAGGAUCAGCCACUUUCAGAAGACUGUCACGGGAAUCGAUUGCUGGAGAAAAACUCGGAAGCUGUGGGGACUUUGAAUCAGCUGAACUGUAAAGAGGCUACGAAAGAGGUGGGCUCGGUGUCCACGCUUUCCUCGGACUCUACCAGUCAGGACAGCCUUUUAGAAGACAGCUUGUCGGCCCCCACCCCGGCGUCAGAACAGUCGGCGGAGACGCCAGACUCUCUGGAUUCGGUGGACGUCCACGACGUGCUCUUGGGCUCUCUAGGCCCUCACACGCCCCAGAAACUCUUGCCCCCCGAUAAGCCCGCGGACAGUGGCUACGAGACAGAGAACCUGGAGUCCCCUGAGUGGAGUCUGCACCCUGCUCCUGACGGCCCUGCAGCCUCCGACGCGGCCGCAGCAGGCGACAGUGGUCGUGGUGGGUUGCCGCCCAAUCCCGCCAUCGUCAUCUCAGACGCUGCCGAUGGCCAUGGAGGUACCGAGGUGACCUCACAGACUUCUGCACCCGGUUCCCAGAGCUCGUACCGAGACUCUGCCUACUUCUCGGACAAUGACUCCGAGCCCGAUAAGAAGUCAGAGGGGGUCUCGGGAUCCUCACCGUCAGCCUCGGCCUCGCCUCGGCCGGUCACCCCCGAGCAGAGUCCCGGCACCAAGGACAGUUGCCUGGAAAGCAAACAUAGCCAGCCAGACCCAAGCUGUCCGCCCGCUUUGCAAAGUUCCAGCCUCCCGGACUCGAGAGAGACACGCGAGCCGGCCCUGGCCGACGUCGCCAGGGAGCUGUGUCCUCCCGAGGACGAGGAGGGGGCUGGCGGCCCCUCCCGCCUGCCGAACUCAGAGCCGAGCUGCUGCGGCGACGACCCCGAGGCGCAGGAGGAGCGCCCCUGCGCCAUCGCGUCCACCGGGACCAACACCAACGAGCUCCUCGCCUUCGCCAGUUCCACCCUCCGCGCCGGCAGCCCGCCAGACCUGCUGGAGGACAGGGCUGUGCCCGGCCACGCGGAGGGCCCCAAGCUGAAGGAGCCCGACGUCGAAGGGAAGUACCUGGGCAAGCUCGGCGCGGCGGGCAUGCUCGACCUGUGCGAAGAUGGCAUCGACGCGGACGAGGAAGACGAGAACAGCGACGACUCGGACGAGGACCUGCGGGCCUUCAACCUGCACAGCCUCAGCUCCGAGUCGGAGGACGAGACCGAGCACCCGGUGCCCGUGGUCCUCAGCAACGACGACGGGAGGCACCUGCGGAGCCUGCUGAAGCCCCCGGCCACAGGGGCCGUCGACCAGCUACCGGAUGACUGGAAAAAGGAAAAGAAGGCGGUAACGUUCUUCGAUGACGUCACAGUCUAUCUCUUUGACCAGGAGACCCCAACCAAAGAGCUGGGACACUGUGGAGGAGAAGCGCGUGGUCCCGAGCUGGGCAGCCCAGCACCGUCUCCAGGUCCGCCCUACCUGAGCAGGUGCAUAAAUUCCGAAAGUUCAACUGAUGAAGAAGGUGGAGGCUUCGAGUGGGACGAUGACUUCUCCCCAGACCCUUUCCUGUCAAAGAUGACGGGCAACCUCCUGGGUUCCAGGCCCGCCCUACACACCUCGAAGUACUUCUCUCCGCCACCGCCGCCCCGCAGCGCGGAGCAGAGCUGGCCCCACGCGUCGCCCUACUCCCGCUUCUCCAUCUCCCCCGCCAGCAUCGCCAGCUUCUCCCUCACGCACCUGACUGACUCGGACAUGGAGCAGGGAGAUCAGAUGCUAUCCGGACUAUUUUUAUUUCUUGACGCUCAUUUAAAAAACCCAGCUUUGCUUGUUCUCUCCUGAAUAGGAAGCAGUGAAGAUGGAGAAAAAGAUUAGGUGGAUCCGCCGACGCUCUCAGACCCCAGGCUGCUUCCCCAGGGCGGCGGUCCUGUGCUGCCAGCCGAGCACCGCCAUCCACUGGACCUCCGCCAGGAUGGACAGGGAGAGAGACUCAGGAGGCCGAAAAGGAGCCGGCACCGUGCGGUACCCACGGCCGGAAGCCGGCGGGGGAGGCGUGCUCCCGCCAGCCCUGGCAGCCGGCGCCCGCGGCCGCUCCCACCUGCGGGAAGCACUGUCUCCGGUGGUCCGGGCGCCCUCCUCCGGGGGUGGGGGCUGUCGACCCCCGGUCGUUUCCAGUUCCCACGUGCCCUGUUGCCUGCGCCCACUCCUGCGCCCUGUCUGUGCACAGGGCCCCAGCGUGCACAGUGGGGACUGGCGCCAGUGAGCCAGAUUUAUUAUUCUUAAAGAGAUCACUAAUUGCUUUCUGUAAUUGCACUGUGGAGAAAUGUUCUAGGAGUCCCUGAUAUUGUACAGAAUCUUAAAUUAUUCAAGGAAAAUAAGGCAGGUCAAGCUGGUUCCCACUAGUUUGAUUGUUUUUUCUGUUUUAUAGUUCGUUUGCUCUGCAUGGUACUUGUAAAGCUUAAAUACUUUGAGCAUUUUGCUGUCAUUAGAAUUGUUGGAGCUGUACAUAUGGUACUCUUAUGUAAAUGAUAUACGAUUCUGAAUGUUAGUGUCUUAUGUCAUUACAGGAAAUAUUUUUGAUGAGUCCAAAAAGACUGUUGUUGACUGACACCCAUUUUUGUCUCUUCUCUGUGAACUGGUUUCAGAGGCGCUGAAAGGCCCUGCGCCCCUCCGCGUGACCCUGCCACCCCACCCCUUCAUUUUUAAAACCCUUUUGGUAACAGUCAGCAGGCGGUGCGCCCCAGAAUUCAGGUUGCAGUGAGUUCUGCGGGCUGCAGCGUGCAGCUCCCCUGGUCCCCUCUCCUGGGGCCGAGCGUGGCCCCAGCGGCACUCCUCCGAGCCCGCUCUUCUGCUUGAUUUUCAGGAGCAGACUGCUGUGGCCGCGGUGUCCUUGGUACUCCUUCCUUCAGGAGGGCGGGGAGUGCUGGGGGAGGCACGGCCCCACGGCGGGCUCUGGCGGCAGAGACCCGUGUGAAUUCAUUCUGUUUGUAGAGCUCGCGUGUCGAGCUGUUAGUAAUAACCUCAGAGCUGGAUUUUCCCGAGAUGCACUGCGAGUCACGAGUCACGUCGUGUCCAGGCGUGGCUGGUUGUGUAGCUGAGGAGAUACCCUACAUCCUGCCGCUGAGAGGAGGGACAAGGGUCGACGGCAGAGCCUCUGCAGCCGGCCGGUCCCCCUAGUCAGGGCCUCGGGCAGCCCCGCACGGACCUUCCCAUUCUGCCGCCAGCACCGAGUUGUCCCCUUGCUCUGAAAGGGGCCGAACGAGGCCCGUGCAACCCCGUGACAUUGGUGACAGCAUUGUGCAGCCCUGCGUCCUGCUUUGACAUCAGGACGUUUCCAGGGGCCAGAGCAGCACAGCACCAGGCCUGGCCUGCCCAUCACGAAGCCACGAGGACCGGGUGGGGCCUCAGGUCUGCAGUCCCCGCAGGCCGGCCCUUUGCCCCAGGUGCUGACGCGCUUUCCCGACUCAGGUGUUUGUGACGCUGGGACAGCCCCAGGCCCAGGUCGGGGCUGCGCGGUGCAAGUGGCAGGGACGCGGGUCCUGGCUAGUUCCCCUCAUAAAUCGUGGCCUUUGUUAUCGAUUCGGGUUCACGCCACUGACUUUUGAUACUAGCAAUAACUUUCCAGAGCAAGAAAACCCAGAAUGGAGGAGGGGCACCCUUCACCCUCCACGACGGAGCCCCGCCGGGGGGAGGUGCGCCCCGAGAAAAAGGUAACAGGGCGUUAGAAAGUGAUUUUUGCCAAAGUCGUCACACUCUGAAUUUCUUGCUCCAUAGACUUCCGGAGCUUUCUGAAUUUUUACAUCUAACUACCAGCUCGAGUUAGAGAGAAACGAGGCAAUUCUACCAGUGUUUUCAAAUGAUAGGUUUAAUUAAUUCCGAUUUAAAGACUAAAAUCAAGCAGAUCCACAGAAUAUACUGUCGUCUUAUACAGUAGGCCCAAGAUAAAUUUGAUAUUUUGGGGCUGACAUUUUUCACUAUGACUAAGGAGAUUUUAAUAACGUAAUUCCCAUUUUAAGUCUAUAUCGCUCUCAUAAUUAAUUGCCAAAAAAAGCAUUUUAUGCGUUGAGUUGGGGGGGUCGGAGCGGUAGAGCUUACUGUGGGGUUGCAUGGCAGGGGAGAUUUUAUAUUUAUAAUAAAUGUGAGUUAAUGUGUUCAUUUGAAAUCUUAAGCAAUACACAGGAAAUAAAUUAUGUACAUUAAAAAUUUCAGCCCAUUUUUGAAACGUCAGCAUGUGCUUUGUUGAUUCAGUUUUUUUUUUUUACUCAGUUGGUUACCAGUAGUGGGUUUUCAAACCGUACUUGCUCUAAUAAGUUAUGCAAUGAAAUAAAUCAUUGGGUUUGUAGUAAUACCUGGCUCACAGUGGUAUUUCCUGGCCUCCCUUGGAAUCUAUCAGGUUUUAAUUCGUCUUACUUUGGUGGAGUUCAUGUAUUUUAAAUCUUAUAAUAAAAAAUAAUCUAACCUUCAUUUCCUUCCUAGCUAGAUAUUAAUUUGUGUUAUCAAAUGACUGUCGUAAGUCAGAGAAAUGUACAAAAAGCGCUCCCCAAAACCCUCUGAAACUUGGACGGUGCAUCCGGGUGAGAAGCCAUUCAUCUUAAGGGUGAAGCAGCUCAGCGAUACUGAAUUGAAAACACAUUCAUUCUAUUUUUAAAUGUACAGACGAUCGUUUCUAGAGAAAUGGGUUUAUCUAAGAAAAGUCUUUGUAUGUCUUGCUGCCAUAAAACGCCUUCCCAAACCUUUAAGUAAUAUUUUCCAUAGGGUAUUUGUAGGGGCGACGACCUGCUGCACGUCUGUCCUGAGCGCGCGAGUGUAAGGGAGGCAGCUCCUGGUUUAGCUCGACUCAGCCGGCCAUCUGAAAAUUCCAGAAGUGAACCACGGUCGCCUCCAGGUGUUGGGCUUCAGUUCCAGGGGCUUCAGGAUGUUAGCCUUAUGAGAAGUCGCCUUACAAUAAGAAUGGCCGUACAGAGGUGACUUCAAAUUUAAAACUCGAAAACAAUAUUCCUUAGUAGUGAUGGGGUUGGCUCAAGUUUUGACUAUUAAAAAGGAAAAUUCUCUUUAGUGUAUAGGUAAAUUCUCAAAGAUGCAUCGACAGUAUUGAAUUACCAACAACCUGAUAUUUAAAUGGCUUGAACAUGUCUCAGUUCAAAUUCGCACAGGCCUAGAUGGGUCUUAAGGGGCCGGCGUUCAUGUCCAACUGUCAGUUCCGUCCACAGACGACCCAAGGGGCAGUCAGACCUGUGAGAUUUCCGUCGUGCUUUAACACGGUCGUAGGAGGUUCACGGCAAUAUAACAGUUAAUGAACUUUCAUUUAAAUUGUGUACAUUUUUAAAUUGUAAGAUUUUUACUGUAUAUUGAUGCAUAGUGUGAUUCAAUAAAUUGCUUGUAAUUUAAAAACUA